UGUAUUUACGUCGUUUCUGCAAUAGACUGGUAGAGACAGACUUGUAAAAUGCCGGAACCAGCAAAAUCCGCUCCUGCUCCGAAAAAGGGCUCUAAGAAAGCUGUCACCAAGACGCAGAAGAAAGGUGACAAGAAGCGUAGAAAGACUAGGAAGGAAAGCUAUUCUAUUUAUGUGUACAAGGUGCUGAAGCAGGUGCAUCCCGACACGGGCAUCUCCUCCAAGGCUAUGGGCAUCAUGAACUCCUUCGUCAACGACAUCUUUGAGCGCAUCGCCGGCGAAGCCUCCCGCCUGGCACACUACAACAAGCGCUCCACCAUCACCUCUCGGGAGAUCCAGACGGCUGUGCGGCUCCUGCUGCCUGGUGAGCUGGCCAAGCAUGCAGUCUCUGAGGGCACUAAGGCUGUCACCAAGUAUACCAGUUCCAAGUAAAUGGUGGAUCACAUAACCCAAAGGCUCUUUUAAGAGCCACCCACAUUUUCAGUAAAAGAGUCGUUCACGCU